CGUCUUCAGCUCGCGCGGACAGAGACGGCCAUAUUUGCGGGAAUAAGCGAGCGGAGCGGCCCGCGCGGUUUGUGUGCUCCUGCAAAUCGCCCGCGUCACUUGAUCUUCAUGCACAUUUAAUGGUCACACACGACGUAGAAAUGCCUCACGGAAUAAGCCUCUAGUCCAACCAUAUGAUAUCUUUCGGCCCCGCGCAGGAGUCCUCGCUCAAAAUGGAGGUGCAGAGCGUCAGCAGUGAGGUUAAUGGGCAUCAGAUCAUGGAUGAGCCAAUGGAGGAGGAGUCCUACACACACUGUGAUGAGGGGGCCUAUAAAGAGAUUCCCAUCACUCAUCAUGUGAAGGAGGGCUGUGAGAAGGCCGAGCCCAGCCAGUUUGAGCUGCUCAAGGUUUUGGGACAAGGCUCCUUUGGAAAGGUGUUUCUGGUGCGCAAGUUGAUGGGUCCGGAUGCCGGUCAGCUUUAUGCAAUGAAGGUGCUCAAAAAGGCAUCUUUAAAAGUGAGGGACAGAGUUCGCACUAAGAUGGAGAGAGAUAUUUUGGUGGAGGUCAAUCAUCCUUUCAUUGUGAAGUUGCACUAUGCCUUUCAGACAGAAGGGAAACUCUAUUUAAUUUUGGAUUUUCUCAGGGGUGGGGAUGUAUUUACUCGUUUAUCCAAAGAGGUUAUGUUUACAGAGGAGGAUGUGAAAUUCUACCUUGCAGAGCUGGCCCUUGCAUUGGAUCAUCUACACAACCUAGGCAUUGUUUACAGAGACCUGAAGCCUGAAAACAUUUUGCUUGAUGAAGCUGGACAUAUCAAGUUAACAGACUUUGGGCUCAGUAAAGAAUCCGUAGAUCAGGACAGAAAAGCGUACUCUUUCUGUGGCACUGUGGAAUAUAUGGCCCCUGAGGUGGUCAACAGGAGAGGUCACACACAGAGUGCUGACUGGUGGUCUCUCGGCGUCUUAAUGUUUGAAAUGCUGACCGGCACAUUACCGUUCCAAGGAAAAGACAGGAAUGAGACUAUGAACAUGAUUCUCAAAGCAAAGCUGGGAAUGCCACAGUUUUUGAGUUUGGAAGCACAAAGUCUUUUACGAAUGCUCUUCAAAAGAAAUCCAUCAAAUCGUUUAGGAGCAGGUCCUGACGGAGUGGAGGAGAUCAAACGACACACGUUUUUCUCCACCAUUGACUGGAAUAAAUUGUACAGAAAAGAACUUCAGCCUCCAUUCAAACCUGCUGCAGGGAAACCAGAUGACACUUUCUGCUUCGACCCAGAAUUCACAGCCAAAACUCCCAAAGAUUCUCCAGGCAUUCCCCCCAGUGCAAACGCUCACCAGCUCUUUAAAGGCUUCAGUUUUGUAGCUCCAGCCUCGCUGGAGGAAAGCAGCAAAAGUUCCCCACUAGUCAACAUUCUCCCCAUAGUGCAGAUGCAUGGUGGCUCAGCUCAGUUUUCUGACAUGUACGAGCUGAAGGAGGACAUCGGCGUGGGCUCAUACUCCAUAUGCAAACGCUGCAUACACAGGGUCACCGCCAUGGAGUUUGCUGUGAAGAUCAUUGACAAAAGUAAGCGAGACCCAUCGGAGGAGAUUGAGAUCCUGAUGCGGUAUGGCCAGCAUCCCAACAUCAUCACACUGAAGGAUGUGUAUGACGAGGGUCGUUUCGUGUAUCUAGUGACGGAGCUCAUGAAGGGCGGUGAGCUGCUGGAUAAGAUCCUGAGGCAGAAGUUCUUCUCUGAGCGAGAGGCCAGCGCUGUGCUGUACACCAUCACCAAAACUGUGGACUACCUGCACUGCCAGGGGGUGGUGCAUAGGGACCUGAAGCCCAGCAACAUCCUCUACAUGGACGAUUCAGGAAACCCUGACUCCAUACGCAUCUGUGACUUUGGCUUUGCCAAGCAACUGAGAGGAGACAACGGACUGCUGCUCACACCCUGUUACACCGCCAACUUCGUGGCUCCUGAAGUACUGAUGCGUCAGGGUUAUGACGCUGCCUGUGAUAUCUGGAGUCUGGGAGUCCUGCUCUACACCAUGUUGGCGGGGUACACGCCCUUUGCCAAUGGACCCAAUGACACACCAGAGGAGAUCCUGUUACGCAUCGGCAGUGGAAAAUUCUCCCUGAGUGGAGGAAACUGGGACUCUGUGUCGGACUCCUCAAAGGACCUGCUGUCUCAUAUGCUGCACGUGGACCCUCAUCAGAGAUACUCAGCAGAACAGGUACUGAAACACUCGUGGAUCGCCUGCCGGGACCAGAACCCUCACUUUCAGCUCACGCGCCACGAAGCGCCUCAUUUGGUCAAGGGAGCGAUGGCUGCCACGUACUCGGCGUUGAACCACAAGACGUGUAAGCCGGUUCUGGAACCCGUAGCUGCCUCCAGUCUAGCUCAGCGCAGGAACAUGAAGAAGCUGACGUCUACAGACAUGUCGUGAAGCUCGUGAUGUCCCUGUGCUCGUCUCCAAGGGUUGGCAUCUCCUCUCGAGUUCUCGUACGUGAUGCUUCAGGGAGUGCGCGACAUUUGGGAGGAAACGCACGAAAGCCCCUCUUGUUUCUCUCUGGUAGAGUGAAAAACACCAGCUCCAUCUCUCCAUCGUGUCUGAAGUGUUUCACGCAUAAGCGAGCUGUUUAGAAUGUUCUUGCCCAAUGGAAACCCAGAUCUCAUGAAGAAACGUCCAGGUCAUCAAGCGCAAGAAACCAGUUUUUAG